CAUGCUUUUCGGCGCAACAUGGUUGCACACAGCAGUAGCUGAAGAGGACUGAGUUUUUAAUUCAACAAUUUGCCACAAUGCUGUCAUUUUUGGUUCUUAUCCUCCUUUUUAUAGGAUAUUUGUCUGCCUCUGAUACCAAAGUCUCACAAAAUGACCACAGUCCUGCUGAGAGCUAUGUCAUGUGGUUAUGGCACAACAGGCUGUACUUGUAUUCAGCUGCUGCUCUCAUCUUUGGGAUCUGGUUCUCUGUGAAGACUAUUCUGAAGAAGAAAAGCUUCUCCAAAGACGUCGGCUCUUUGGUCUACAAAGCAGUGAAGAACAAUGACUGCUCCAGCAAAAACACUUUGGUUCAUGUGUCUGCUGUUAAAAUCUUCUACGGCUCACAAACCGGAACAGCAAAGGGCUUUGCACAGGAGCUGUCAGAGGAGGUGAAGACUUUAGGAAUACCAGCGGAGGUGAUAGACAUGAAAGACUACGAUCCAGAUGAUCAGCUUGCUGAUGAGUGCACCAAUAAGUCAGUCUGUGUGUUUGUUGUGGCGACGUACACUGACGGGCAGCCCACAGAGAACGCAGAGUGGUUCUGUAAGUGGCUGGAGGAGGCGUCCACUGACUUUAGAUAUGGGAAAACGUACCUCAAAGGCCUCCGAUACGCUGUGUUUGGUCUCGGCAACUCUGUCUACACUGGCCACUAUAAUACGGUGGGUAAAAAUGUGGACAAGUGGCUGUGGAUGCUGAGUGGCAUGCGGAUCAUGACCCGAGGAGAAGGUGACUGUAAUGUGGUAAAGAGCCGUAACGGCAGCAUCCAGGCAGACUUCCUUGCUUGGAAGGCAAGGUUCCUGAAUCGUCUGCGGACUCUGGCCAAAGGUGAGAAGAAGAACUGCAGUGGGAACUGUAAGACCGGAGGCUCCUGCAAGAACAAGAAGAAAGAGGAAGAACAGCAGCAGCAGCAGCAGGAGGAAGAGGAGCAGAAUAACAGAUCUGAGGAGGAUCUGAUGGAGUCCAGCACUGAUGAGGACGAGUCUGGCUCACACGAAGAGAAAAGGUCAGGUUCAGUGGUGGACAUGGAGGAUCUGGGUAACAUCAUGAGCAGUGCCAAGAAAGCAAAGAGCAAAUCUGAAGGUCAAGGAAACGGCCAGAUGGUGAAGCUAUCCAAGCUGAACGGAGUGAAAAAGGUGGAAGAUGAAGGAGAAAGAAGAGAGAUGAUCACACCUGCUCUCAGAGAUGCACUGACAAAACAAGGGUACAAACUAAUUGGAAGUCACUCAGGAGUGAAACUCUGUCGAUGGACCAAGUCGAUGUUGCGAGGGAGAGGAGGCUGUUACAAACACACUUUCUAUGGUAUUGAGUCUCAUCGGUGCAUGGAGACCACCCCCAGCCUCGCCUGCGCUAACAAGUGUGUCUUCUGUUGGAGACAUCACACCAACCCUGUGGGCACCGAGUGGCGCUGGAAGAUGGACCCUGCUGAGAAAAUCCUGCAGGAGUCCGUGGACAAGCACCAGAACAUGAUUCGACAGUUCAGAGGUGUCCCUGGAGUGAAGCCUGAGCGGUAUGAGGAGGGUUUGAAAGUCAAGCACUGCGCCCUCUCCCUGGUGGGUGAGCCAAUCAUGUAUCCUGAAAUCAACACCUUCAUCCGCCUCCUCCACUCCCACAACAUCUCCAGUUUUCUGGUCACCAACGCACAGUUCCCACAGGAAAUCAGGAGUCUGGUGCCAGUAACUCAGUUGUAUGUCAGUGUGGAUGCCAGCACUAAAGACAGUCUCAAGAAGAUUGACCGGCCACUUUUCAAAGACUUCUGGCCCCGCUUCUUGGACAGCCUGAGGGCUCUGGGAGAGAAGAGACAGAGAACGGUGUACAGACUGACGCUGGUGAAGGCGUGGAACGUGGAGGAGAUGGUGGCGUACUCAGAGCUCAUUGCUUUGGGCCAGCCAGACUUUGUCGAGGUCAAGGGAGUGACGUACUGUGGAGAAAGCUCUGCCAGCAGUCUGACCAUGGCUAACGUCCCCUGGCACCAGGAAGUGGUCGCCUUUGUCCAGCAGCUGGCCGACAUGCUGCCUCAGUAUGAGAUCGCCUGCGAACAUGAGCACUCCAACUGUUUGCUCAUCGCACACACAAAGUUCAAGGUGGAUGGCGAGUGGUGGACGUGGAUCGACUAUGAGCGUUUCCAGGAGCUGGUCCAGAUUCACGAGGAGACCGAGGGACAACAGAGCUUCUCGGCGUUGGACUACAUCGCCAAGACUCCCAGCUGGGCUUUGUUUGGAGCCCAGGAGCAGGGUUUUGACCCUGCAGACACGCGCUUUCAACGACGCAACAAAACUAAAGAUAUUUCAGGAUGCUGAUAGAUGAGAGAGAGAUGGAAGGAGGUAGGAUGAACUGAGUGAUUUCUGCAGAUGUUAAUUUAAGGGAAUUAUAGUUGAGUCAUUCUAUUCAUCCUUUGAGUUUUAAAUCUGAUGUUCACAGCUGAACUUUUAUCUUUUUUUUGUAUCUCUCCAAACUGAGAUCUUGAAUUUUGUAGAUUUGACCCUGAAAUCAUCCUAAAGCUGCCAGGAUCAAGACCUUUCUUUUAAAUUUUCUACACAUUCCCCUUUAUAUUUGGUUUAAGUGUCCCUUUGCAUCACAAACCACACGUCUAUUGAUUUUUAAUGCUGUUCUCCCUUUUUUUGAAGGGGGUCAUUAUUAUGAAUGUCAUUGGCUCUGAUCUUCUUACCAUCUAUCAGUGCAUGAGGACAUUAACACUGUUGAAGUCUGACCUGACUGUGACUUCAUUUCCAUCUUCGUCCUGGACAUUUUUUAUAAUCUGCUGAAUAUCUCAGGACACGAUCAGCAUAAAAGGAGUCUGCAGGAAUACAAAUCUGUCCAGACACCUUUGCUCUUCCUCCCACUUCUCAAGACAGCAGAUGUAUUUACAGGUGGGAGAAGCUAUCAGAGAGGAGCAUCAAGGCUGCACCAGACGAAUCAAGCUUCCUAUUCCUCUCUUUUGCUUUUUUUUAAUUGAAAGUUUGCUCUAUUGUGCAUUUCCAGCAGUGUCAGCUGUGUUUGAUUUACUCCUCAUGCAUCCCAGUUUAAGCUCGUGUUACUGAUCUUUUGUUAAAAUCUGAUCCAUUAAAGUUUUUAUUUGAAUGUAAACUUAGAUGUAAAUGUUUAAGUCCUUCUUGAUUUGUUGUCUCCUCUGUUGCAGUGUCUCCCUGCUGGGAAAAGCAGCAGGUUUUUGGAUACAGCCACAUAAUAAAUGUG